AUGUUGGUACUAGUUAUUGGCGAUUUACACAUUCCAGACCGAGCAAUUGAAAUUCCAGCUAAGUUUCGCAAGCUGCUUGUGCCUGGGAAAAUAGAAAAGGUACUAUGUUUAGGAAACAUUACUGACCGCGAAACCUUACAUUAUUUGCAAAGCCUGUCGCGUGAAUUUCUAGCAGUGAAGGGAGAGUUUGAUGACCCUGUAAUUUACCAACACGUCAAGACUGAGGACUCGAAUGGAUUCCGACAACAGCAGCAACAAUCUCUGCAGGAUAUUGGGGUUGGAAGUUUGAGCGGCAGUACAAGUAUAGGCGGCGGGUUUGCAGCAGUAUCUGGGGCCAACAGCAAUGGGGUUCCUGGCGGAGUUCCCAAGUCUUCAGCUGCUUACAUGUCGAAUGCUCCAGAUGGAGCCAGUCUCAACACAUAUGCGAGUGUAUCUAGUGGUGGCAGCAAUGAUGGGUUGGCUGUUAAGGUAGUUCAGAAACCAGCGACAACUGCAAAAACGACGGUGAUGAGUGUUUCUUUACCGUUGUCUCGGGUGGUAACUUUGGGAGAGUUACGGAUUGGGUUUAAUAGUGGCCACACGAUUGUUCCUAACAGUGAUCCAGACGCGUUGCUUAUUGCGGCGCGACAGCUGGACGUGGACAUUUUCAUUUGGGGUGGAACGCACCGGGUGGAGGCGUACAAGCUAGAGGGCAAGUUUUUUGUGAACCCUGGUAGUGCGACGGGUGCAUUUUACACUGGAUGGCCUGAUCCUGAGGAAGAAGAUGAUGAGGAAGAGGAUGAAGAAGGAGAAAGAGAAGGAGAAAGAGAAGAAGAGGACAAUAAAGAAGAAGAAAAAGAAGAAAAAGAUGAGGGCAAGGAAGAUGAUGAUAAGGCUAAGGAGGGAGAAGAGGAAGGUAAGAGCAAUGAUGAGAAGAAAUCAAAGGAUGGAGAGGAGAAACAAAGUGUUAAGGUUGUGGAACCCAAGGACCCGAUUCCAUCUUUUUGCUUGUUGGACAUUCAAGGGACAGUUUGUAUUGUUUACAUUUACCGGUACAUUGACGGAGAGGUGAAAGUUGACAAGAUCAAUUACCGUCGGGAUGAGUAG